CCCAAAAAUAAGCGAAGCAAAUGACUUAAUGAUCUAGUAUCCGAAUUCCGAACAAAAGCCCACUGUGAUUCCCCAAUUUUACGGCAGUUUCUCUUCCGCAUUCGGCGGCUGUAGUAAAAUCUCGUUCCUUUUUUCUGGUUUUCUUUUUAGGAUUCUCAAUCAACGACAAUUGAAUUUCCAGUUACAAGGAAUUGAAGAGUAAUGGACAACAUAGUAGAUUCCUUAAACAGCGCCUACCAAGAAUUUGUUGGUGCGGCAGCUCAUGUUCUCGAAACUAAGGAAUCUUCAGCUGCCCAAAAGACGGCAGCCACCGAUGCUGCCUUGGAGAACUUCAAGCAGAAAUGGGAAUUAUUCAGAGUGGCUUGUGAUCAAGCUGAGGAGUUCGUCGAGUCCAUCAAACAAAGGAUUGGAUCCGAGUGCCUUGUCGAUGAAGCCACUGGCUAUAUGGCUGGGAAGUCGGGGCAGCACUCAACCGGCCUUCCUCCCAUCAGUGCCGUUCGUUUGGAGCAGAUGAGUAAAGCUGUACGGUGGCUUGUGAUUGAGCUGCAGCAUGGUUCGGGAAAUGCUGGUGGUGCAGCGACUCAUGCCCACCCUUCGGCCCCUUUCGAUGCUAGAUUCCCUGAAGAUGCUGCUCAGUAGGUAUUGUUUGCUCUUCUUCUAUACACUACAACUCCAACAAGUGGUUUUGAAUGCUGACCCAUGUUAGUUCUAUGAUUCAAUUCUAAUGUUCAUUUCCUUAUUUACAUUGAAUAGACAUAUCGUAAGUGUUUAAAGUUGCUGGCGGAGUGAUAAUAAUCCGUUGGUAUAUGAGUGGUUAUGUUGUAGAAUUCUAUGGCAUCUUUUGUUUUACUGCUACAAAUCUAUUUAAUGAUGUAAAUCAUACUGCAACUCUGCCAGGAUAUUGGUUACUGGGAAGCAUCCCUUCUCAAUACUAUGUACUUUUUUAUCAUCACGAGUUCAAUAAAUUCAUUUGUUUUUGCACAAA